AUGGUCGAUGAUCACGUUAUUUUAGACGCAAGCGCUCCAGAAAUUGCUUUAAAAAGCCUUUUUUCGAAGUACGAUACAAACGGAGACGGGAAAUUGGAUAAACAAGAACUGUCUCGUUUAUUUAAGUACGACUUAGGUUUGUCACCAGCACAAACGGAAGUUUACCAAUAUAUUUUGGAUAAAGAUGGUGACAGUGUAGUGUCGUAUGAAGAAUUUCGCGAAUGGAUUCGAAGUAAAGAACAACUGCAAAAUAUCAAAAACGAAACGCGUUAUCAUUAUUUACAACAUGCUAUUGAAAUGUUCCAAACAUAUGAUGUGGAUGGAAAUUACUCUCUAGAUAGGAGCGAGUUGAAGCAACUACUUGUUGACUCUGGUGGUAAACUGGAAAAUAUUGAUAUUGCCAUGGAAGAUUUAGACCAAGAUAAAAACAAUAGAAUUUCAUUCCAGGAAUUUCUGAAAUGGUUGAAUUGGGCACCCCUUCAGAAUUUAUUUUCACCGAUGGAUUGA